AUGAUAUCCUGCUGUAAGGGAAAUGUUUUGGUCUCAAAAAAGAAAAAAAUAGAAAGAAAAAUCCAAGCGUCUGAAAAACAGAUGAGCCCGGGUAAACGCGGACCCCUGGUCGAAGCGGCCGAAUGCCGUCCUAGUGUUACCGUCACCGACAUGGACACAGUGCACGAGGAAAACGACGACAGCGAUGAAUCAUCAUAUUCCGAUUUGGGGCGACUUCGCGAGCGUACUAGAGCCAUGCUUGGUUCUGCUGCCGAGCCACUCGUGCAGAGUUCGCAUUCCCAACCGAAUAGCAGGAGGAUGUCCAGCGAUAUAGAUGCAAAACUUGCUGCGAAUCUUAACACGAGGCGACCAUCGGCGAUAAUCGCUGCAUUUCGUCGACCGUCACAGGCGUUGGCUUUAUGCGCGGCGACUCAGCGCCGAUUCUUGUCGGAGCUUAGCCCCCAUUCCCGGACUUCGUUUGCGUCCACAAAUCCCGAGCCGCCGCCAUCGGCUGCAGAAAUGAUGGGACAAGAGGCUCUGAGUAAAGCAUUGUCAGCACUGUACGCCAAAUUGCUAGUUGUACUCGGACUCGCCUUUCCGGUAACAGAAGUAAUUGCAAAGGGAGUGCCUGACGCAUAUUAUCAGGGUUUCUACUUAUAUUUGUAUUUAGUGUCCGUUUUAUUCAUAAUAUUUCAAUAUGCGAACCUAAUGCGGCAGAAAGCUGUAAACUUGAUCAUUCAUGAACAUGAAGUAGAUGGUAAAGAAGAUAGGAACGGCAAAACGACACCAAACGAGAAAAACAAACAGAAGGAGACGAUUUCACGUUAUGGCAGCUUCUAUUUAAGAUUGGGAGCCAUUGCCUUCGGCAUUGGCUCUAUGGUGUACAGCGGAUUAGAAUUCGGCGAAUAUUUCGAGAUGGCGGAUCGCUGUCGAUCCAUCCUUUCAGCACUGACGCCAGCGCUACGGAUGACGUUAACGUUAGCACAAAUGCAGUUCAUUUUCCUGACAAACAAAGAUAUCGAAGUUGGCAGCUAUAAAAUCGUGCAGAGAUUCGGUUUCAUGCAUAUGAUCGCGACUAAUCUAUGCGAGUGGCUGUACGUUCUCGUCGAAGAAACAAAGCAUGAAAUACAUCACUUGGAACAUUCAAUGUCGUUGAAAUCAAAUGGAUAUCAUAACGAUACGUUGGAAGUGCCUUGUAGAAGAGCGAACAUUAUGGGAGCAUUGCUACAGAACGCGUCUCCAUUCCUCUUCCCGUGUACGAUCGAAUAUUCUCUAAUCGUUGCCGUUAUUUUAUAUGAAAUGUGGAAAGAGAUCAAAUGUACACCUGAGGACUUCGAGAGAAAAUUUAACAUGUCCAAAAAUAAAUCGAGAAACAAUUCGGUUACCCCGGAAAAAAUCUUGCAACAAUUCGCCGGAAUGUUGGGAGUGAGCUCUCCUCACGGAAGUCGAACCGCUCUACAUCAUUUCUCUGUAGAUUGCUCACACGCUCAUCGUGGUCUAUUCGCUGGUAUUCUUCUAAUAGUCUUCACCAUAAUAUCCCUUAUAAUGUUCUUCGUGCUAGCGCACAACCCAAAGACUAUGAAUGAGGCAAUUUUCGAAGUAAACAUAUGCGAAUCGGUCCUCUAUUCUUUGACCCUUUUGGCCGUAGCAGGAGCUUUAAAGCAGAUGCGGGUAUUACCUUACAAACGAAAUACCCAAGCCGUUCUGGGUCUCGACACAUCUUUGUUGAUCCUGGCGCAAUCUGGAAUGUUCGUAUACUGCAUGUUCAGUUUAAUUGGUAGUCAUCACACCAUGUACAAUGACAAUAGUAGUGGCAUCACUGGAUUCUUCUCCGAGUUUUUAUCACUAAAUCAGACGAUACUACAAUCUCUGUUCAUAAUCGAUGCCUGGUGGCGACGUAGUAGCACGUCAGAACAACGCCGAAAAAAACCGGGCCGUCAACUGGUGACGUUUCUUCUAGUCGCCAACAUGGCUAUGUGGGCAAUAAACACCCUGGAAAAGAAUCGAGCGGAGUUUCGACCGGCCCACUUGUCAUUUUACGGGCCUUGGGCUUGGACUAUCAUAACGCACGUGUCAAUGCCGUUGGCUAUUUUCUACCGGUUUCAUUCGACCAUAUGCCUAUUCGAGAUAUGGAAGAACAGCUUCAAGAAUAAACCCAUAUAUUUUAACGUA